UUCUUUUCAGCUGUUUCCUUUACUCUCUCCUCUCUCCCCACCUUGUACACAUUUCAGCUAAUUACACCAUUUCGUACACCUGACAUUCCCACACAAUUCACAUUCUCUCUCUCACUCUCUCACUCUCUCUCUCUCUCAUGGCGAGGCCGACUCGGGACGAGAUCGAGACGUACAUGAGCAUCACAGGCGCAUCGGAGUCCCUGGCUCUUCAGAAAUUUGAGGAACAUGGAGGCAACCUGAAUGAAGCUGUGAAUGCACACUUCGGUGGAGCAGAAAUACACGUUGCACAUCCGCCACCAGCUCCCAUCCCACAACAUAGUUUUACUAAUAACAAUGAGAGUCAAUUUGGACGUGGACUUUUUCCAAUUCUUUCCGCUGCAAGAAGCUUCAGGCCUUCAUUGCUACUCGAUCCUAAUUACCGGAGAGACCUUUUUAACCGUAUUGGUGCUGCUGCUAUUACUGGUCCAGCAUCGUUACAUUCACCUCCAGGAGCAGUCAUGGGCCUUCCUGUCGAGCCCAACAGUAGGCAUGAACAGCUUCAUCAUUCAACAGUAAGGUCUAAUGUCGGUGAUGAUCAUAAUUCAACAGAAUAUAGUGCCUCACAUUUGGACAAUAAUGUGGAGGACGCAAUGAUUCAAGCUGCCAUUAUGGCUUCAAAGAGAGAAGCCGAAGCUUCCUCUAGUUCUGGACUUUCAGAAAGGACACUUCAAGAAGACGAUGAUUUUGCUCGUGCCGUCUUAUUGUCCUUGAAGACUGCUGAGCAAGAGAAAGUAGCACGUGAGCAGCACAUGGAAGGGGAGAUCCAAGAAUUUGGAAAUAAUAGAAGAUCAAAGCAAGGAAGCUCAUUGAACAGCAACGGAGCUCAUAAUGUCAUUGAAGAGCAACAAUUGAGGCAAAAUCCUAUCCACAGUGCGGGUAAUCAUCAUCAGCACGGUGAAGAGUGGGGUGGCAUUUCUUCCAAAGAGCUCGAUGAAGCUCUUAUGCUUGAGACUGCACUUUUUAGUGAGAUUUCUGAAGGAACUUCAAAUCGGUCCUUGAUUGCAACUCAACUUCAAAGCGGUCUGGAAAAAAGAACUAUUCCUGAUCUGCAGCCGACACCCCAUCCUUCGUUACAGCCUCUUCCAGCCAGCCGAUUACUUAAAGAGCAACAGGAUAUGGAGUAUCUUGCAUCAUUGUUUCAUGAUAAGGAGAAGGAAGAAGAAUCUCACAAGAAAAUGCUCAAUGAACUGGAAUGUGAAAGAAGGUUAGCUGCUAAAAAAGCUUCCCUUGCAUGGGAACCAGCAUCAGAUGAUGAGAAUGCAGUGACUCUUCUUGUUCGAAUGCCAAAUGGAAGCCGCCUUGGUCGUCGCUUUCUCAAGUCUGACAAACUUAAGCUCCUCUUUGACUUCAUAGAUAUCAAUGGAGCAGUGGAGCCUGGCUCUUACAGAGUGGUAAGGUCUUACCCCCGGCGUGCUUUCACAGUUGAUGAUGGCUUAUUGACUUUGAGCAAACUAGACCUGACCAAUAAACAAGAAGCCUUGUUUCUGGAGCUGAUUUAGCACAUGUUUUUUCUCAAAAAUACGUGCCUAAACAUGUAGUUCCGCACAAUUUCUAAGAUGGAACUUAUUCAGCAAGCUUGCAAUCAGGUAAGAAUGCUAUUAUACAUUUGAGAGAUGGUUGCCCUGUUAAAAUUGGAAAUUAGACUCUUAAAGAUUUUCUAUAUGAUCUGAGAUAUAAUGUACAUAUUGCUGAAUUGAUCGAUAGAGUUCUUGUAACAUAAAAAUUGUACUUUCCGUGGGAAAUCCAUAUGUUGCCGCUAAUGGCUUCAGAUUAUGUUGUAUUCGAUUAUUUGAUGAAUGUAUUUGCAGUGGCUUUUGGCACCGGCUA